UUUUUGAAGUGUUCCUCGCGUGGUUUACGUGUCGUAGAUACUGAUUUGGUGAUUAUGGGUGGUGAAGAACGAUUAGGAGUGACCACUGGUCAACCAAGCCUUUAUAAACAAGAUCUCUCAAAGCUAGAUGUAAGUAAAUUAACUGCAUUAUCACCAGAAGUCAUCAGUAGACAAGCUACAAUUAAUAUUGGUACCAUUGGCCAUGUAGCACAUGGAAAAUCCACAAUUGUAAAAGCUAUAUCAGGAGUACAAACUGUUCGUUUUAAAAAUGAAUUAGAAAGGAACAUUACCAUUAAACUGGACGCUCGUGCAGAGGAGGAUACCAGUGAGGAUCAGGAAGAUACUAUUGGCAACACAAAUGAAAUGUUCUCUACACGUGAAAAAAGACCAGCCUCUCCAGGGAAUAUUGAGCCAUCUGCUAAACAAGUGAAGUACGAACAACAGUUCAAUUCGUCUGCAACAGACAAUAGUGCAGAUUGUAAAGCUGACAAAUGCUCAAGUAGCAGUAAUGAGAAUAGUGAAGAAGCCAAAUGUUUAUACAGCAAUAAUGCACUGUUUACUCAGGACAUUGAAGAACAGAUUGUGAAUGAAAAUUAUGUCAAAAGGAGCUCACGAUGUUCCGAAAGUGAAGACCAAACUGGGGUAGAUAAUACAAGACUGAAUAAAUUAAGUAAUAAUAAUAAUGUUAGUGCCAAUGAUAAUGAUAGUGAUACUAAAAACAUACAAAUAAAGUACAACUUAGAAAAUAUUAAAUUAAAGGAAUUGAAAGUCAUAUUAAAAGACAUGAAGUAUGACAAGAAUAAUGGAAUAAAAGUAUCACAUCCAAGAAACGAUUUAUGGGAGGUAGAAGAAAUUCUUGGGAAGAAGGAAUUAGACGACCAGUCGCUUUAUUUAAUUAAAUGGAAAAAUUGGGAUAGCGAUUACAAUACCUGGGAGCCAGUCUCGAAUUUAGUUAAUUGCCCGGAAAUGUUAGAGGAUUUUGAGGCAAACAGAUUGAAAUUGCUUAAUCGCUUCCAGAGGGUGGUAAACUUCCAUCCGAACAAACAGGAUAUCGAACAAUUUAUAAAAAAACUUAUAUAUAAAGGCAAAACGUUACAGUCCAUUACGGUUCAACAUGAUGUAUUUUAUCGUGCUAUAAAAAAUUUCAUGAAAUCGAAGCGCAAUAGAAGUUCAAAAACCGAAUUCAUAAAAGACGGCAUUUUUUGUAUGUUGAUUGGCGAUUUAAGAAAAAAGCAGUUGGCAUCAUUAUCGCUUUGGGAAAAUGAGAUGAAUUCUGUCUCUAAUGGCAGACCGUUAAUAAAGGUGGAGAAUGUAAUAGACUUGGAAGAAGCGCCUCCAGACUUCUAUUAUAUAGACGAUUAUCUACCAGGACUCGGAGUGAUAAUACCUAAUGAUCCCCCUAUUGGAUGUGAAUGUCACACGUGUAAUUCCAAAACAACAUGCUGUUUCGGUCAGUACGGCGGAUAUUGUCCCUACACCUCCACAUACAAAAUACGAGUUCCACCCGGUACACCGAUAUACGAAUGCAACAAACGAUGCAAAUGUGAUAUGAACUGCAUAAAUCGAGUAGUACAACGUGGCACGAAGAUGAAAUUUUGCAUUUUUAGAACUGCCAAUGGAAGAGGCUGGGGUGUAAAGACCUUACAAUCAAUUAGAAAAGGGUCUUUCGUUACGCAAUACGUAGGUGAAGUGAUCACAAGCGAAGAGGCUGAAAAACGUGGCAAAGAAUAUGAUGCUGCUGGUAGAACGUAUCUGUUUGACCUUGAUUAUAAUGAGACCGAAGAUCAGUGUCCUUAUACGGUCGAUGCUGCUGUAUACGGCAACGUCUCCCACUUUAUUAACCAUUCUUGCGAUCCGAACUUAGCGGUAUAUGCCGUUUGGAUCGAUUGUCUUGAUCCAAACCUUCCCAAGCUCGCCUUGUUCGCGACAAGGGACAUUAAGAUGAAUGAAGAAAUCACAUUCGAUUACACCUGCCAGACGUCCAGGAAUGGUGAAACUUCUAUAAGACAGGAUGCAUCUGUGAAGAAUGAUCUAAAUACAAGUAUUACCAAGGAAUUUCAAGAGGAAUUUCAGAUACGACCAGAAACACCUGAAUCUGAUACAUCGAAUAGCAAAAUCUUGUGCAAAUGUGGUGCUCGAAGUUGCAGACAAUACUUGUUUUGA